AUGAAUCCCAUCGAUUUGUAAGUUUUCUAGAUGCGCUCCAAACGUGCGCCUAUCGAUUUUUCGCAGAUUGGACUUGUCGUUGUGCUCCAAAACGACGCGAGAUCUCGUGAAACAGUGUAAUUUCGAAGUGGAAACGGUGGCGAUCUCCGCAUCGAAAACGACACUUUUCUUCGGGAAGGAGCUCAAACAGAUGACGUGGGAGUUUGUGAAGGACGUGGAAAGAGACGAUGGCGCACGCACCGUCGACGGAGUGCACUUCGAGAAAGCGUGAGUUGGGCAGAGAGAGAGAGAGCGAGAGAGAGAGAAUAUUUUGGAAACUAGAAAAAUCAGUUCGUCUAUAUAGCUAUUUUUCGAUGAAAUGCCCAAAUAUUUCAGAGCAAAGCACGAGGACCGUCUCGAACUCUUGUCGCAAUCGGAAAGCUAUGAGAUGGAAACGCUGUUGGUGCUGAAAUACUUUGACGAGCUGCUGCGAAUCAAAGAUUACACGACCGAAGUGGACUGCGACUUGCGAUUCGUCGUGGACGUGCUCCUUCCGCUCGCGCCGAGACAACGCCUUUCUUUCCGAUUCCCCGAAACGACCGUACUGUCCGCAGAGGAUUUCAAGAAACUGAUGGAUCAUUAUGAAGGCGUCCAGGAAAUCGACGUUAACCUGCAGGCGCUGGUGUUUCACGAGAAGAUGCUGCAAAUGGAAGCGAUCCGGAUUGGAGUUCCGGCGGAUGUGGAUCUAAACGAACUGAUGAAGAUCGAUUGCGAUUACUUGGUGAUCUUCGAGAAUCAAUUGAACAAUUCUAGCAUCAAUCAGUUGCUCAGGAACUGGAUGGUAACUCGCAAAAGACUAAUCACUUUGGAGAUUAAAAUCUAUGACGCAUUUGCGAUAAGUUGGAAUAAAGUAGUCGAAGGACUGAACGCGAAAGAAUGGGAUUCCGAGAGAAGGAAUGAGAUAUUCGAGAAUGGCCGAAACAAUUUAAGUUACUAUUGUGGCGACGCCUUUGACAUUGAGCGAGACGACGGAAUGUUGGCUUCAGCUGUAUGCGGGCUAA